AUCCGGAGUAAUCAUCAGUAUCCUAGCGGUGGGCCCAGAGCUACUGGUGAACAGUAGCCCUCAAGAAGAUAUAUAACCCUCGAGGAUACCCCGUCACAGCAGUUCGAUGUGUCUGUCAGUGUGUAGCGGGUUGACUAUAGUGAGUGGGUUCCCGUUUCUCAACGCACAUGCAAUGAAGAUCAAGACGGUUUCCUCAGCUGGAUGGGGGUGGGCAAUGUGUGUGGUCUUUUGGGGCCUAAUAAGUGUCCUUGCGGAGACGCCAGCACGGCCGAAUCCGCUGCCAGCAGGCGGUGGGCCAGAGAGGUUGGAUUUCGACCUGGGACAGAACGGAGACUAUCGCUUUGACUAUGCCACAGGGGACGCAGGACAGCACUACCACAGGGCAGUCGCCACACCUGACAACACAGUGAGAGGUAAGUAUGGCUACCGUGACCCGAAGACAGGUGGCGAUUUGCAGACAGCAUACACUGCGGGCAAGCGUGGGUUCCGGGUGCGGGGACCUCACAUCGCUCGACGCAUGGAUCUCUCACAGACAAAGAUUCCGUAUAACCCUCCUGUCUCUCCCGACUCCCCGCAGUACAAUCCCUCAUACAGCACUUACUUCGAUCCCAAUGAGGACCCUAGCUACAGCUUCAACUUUCAAACCCGCGACUACUCCCGAAGCGAGAGUUCAAACUCAGGAGGUAACGUCAACGGGAGAUACACAUUUGUCGACGACGUCGGAGUGCGUCAUAAUGUAGAAUACGAGGCCGGUUCUAGAGUUGGGUUUCAUGUGAAGACUCCAUACCCAGAUUCAACGCCACUUGGUCCAUCAGUGUUUUUCGCAGGACCACCAGCAAAUAAGAACAGCAAACUACGUCGGGGACACACAUCCAUCCAGAGGGGAAAUGACGGCUCAUAUCGGUUCACAUCAGCGGGACCUGACCAAAGACGGACAGAAGUCAGCGACGCCACCGGCCACGUUAAAGGGUCCUACACUUACAUCGAUGACAAAGGCGUGCAGCGCACCACACAGUACAUCGCAGGUCCCAACAUCGGCUACAAAGUCAUAAGCAGCAAGACCGACGACAAAUACCCUCUGUACCCUUAUCCGUCACCCUACCCCUUCCAUCCCAACGACAACCCCUUCAAAGACGAAGAUGUGUUUGGGAUAAAUACUGGUGCCAAACCCCAGGGUGGGGGAUCAGCGUCUGGGGGUUCCAAUGGUGAAGGUAAUAAGGAAAGUCGCCCAGAUUAUAACAGCGAAGAUGGCGGGGAUUACGAUGGUUCAUCUGGCGGUAAGAAAGGAAAUAAGCCUGUUGGAAGCAACAACACUGGGGUAAGUGGAGGUCAAACAGAGAAACCCUGGCCGGACAUAUAUGAUCAGAGUACAACGGGCCCAAAUACAUCGGCGAAACCGGAUGAUUUUACAGAUAUUUUUGGACAACCUUCUGGUACUGGAGGAAAUAAGCAUGAGGAUGCAGAUGAUGACAAUAAUUAUGAUCAUGAUGUCGGGCCUCCGAAAGGAGGCGACUUGGGGACCUUUCUGCACACGCGACCGCCACCUUCCAACAUCCCUUACGGAAACUGCUGCAAGUUCGUAGCGAGUCACAGUGCUGGAAAGUUCAACGUUCCGGGAGAAAGGAGACGCAGCAGGAGGCCUGAUGAGACCACUCAAAGCGAAUCUUACAGUCACGUUCGAGAUUACUCCUCCCAGGGACAAGACUCAGAGGACUUUGUGGGAUUCCCCCCUGGGCUGCCAGUGAGAGGCCACGUGCUGUCUCUCGACCUUAAGCCCUACGGGUCCAGAAUUCCGUCUCCGGGCGUAGUCAUACAUCAUGAGGCGAACAAGUCACGAAGGGAAGCUUCCAUCACGCACAGGACAGAGCAGAAGUCCACUUAGUGGCGUCAUAUAAAUGUGAGAGCGUGUGCCGUAACCCACAAUUGCGGAAACACAAAAUAAGGAAGGAUCUGUGGACAGGAAACAGGCGGGUACUGUGUUUCCAUUCAUCCAUCUUCGUAGUCAAAACCAGAUUUUGAUGGUGAUAUUAUACAAAUUCAAUGUACAACGCUCAGAAGACUACAUAAAAAAUUGCUAGUUCUUAUGGAAGAAAGUUCCAUAAUGAAAAACAGGAAUCUGAAAUAUUCAAACCUUCGUUAUAUGAACGGAGGCUAUUACAUCACAGUAGACGGAAACUCAGUGAGGGUGAAUUAUUCUAUCCCAUCACACCGCUGAAAUGUGUUGUGCGUUUCGAAAGUUGUGUAUUUGGAGUCACAUAAUCUACAAAUCUUCACACAACAAACAUAGCUGUGUUAUGGUAGUAUUAAUAUGUUCACCGUAUUGUAUGGAAGAAUUGCAUUAUAUUCUGUAUGAUAUUGUCACUGGCAAGACUUUCAAAACAAACAACCAGCGCCAUAAAAAACUUAAAUUUCACACGAGAUCCUUACUUUGGCAACAGCUAUCAUUUUCUGUAGAUUACGUUAUUGUGUGUGUGAACGUGCGUGCGCGUGUUUUCUUACAGGCCCUGAAAAUGUAUGCCAAGUCCUACCCGUCAAACCGGAAGUUCAGUCGCCAUUUCAUAUACUUUAAAAGUUACAGUGUUACUUCCACAGCUUAUUACAGUAUUGAAUUUUAUAUUACGCUAUUGAAUUUUAACCACUCGGCAAUUAACACACUACGUCUUUAUACAAAGACAUUGGAGCAUCUCUGAAUUUAACUCGCCAAAUGAAAACAACGAAUAAAGUAACUAUGCGACAGUAGAAUUAAUUGUCUUAUAUUCUGUAAUUUAUAUAUUAUUUCUACCCGCGAAUUUCCACAAUUUUUCUAACCUUUAUAUCACCUAACUAGGCUGACGUAAGGUAAAUUGUUGGGAUAGAUACUGCCAACACAUUACAGCAAUUUUUAAAUAAUUUGAAAAGUGAUGGCUAUUUUGAAUUUUGUUUGCUAGCUGUGAAAAUCACUGCUUCUCAGACAAGCUGGCGAAUGCAUUUUUCAAGGACGCGUGAGAGCACGCACGCACUCACAGCUUAAUUCUAAACUUCUUAAACAUAUUUCAUGUUUAGAAACCCAAGAAAUGUAAGACCUCUAUGUAAGACUUCAACAAUUAAAAUAUUACUUUAAACAUGAAUAUUUAAGAACUCUAAUAUAAAUACAUAUCUCUACAACUGCUCGCUCAGUUUCACUGACCUACUGAGGUGAUGAUAUUGAAUAAAAACGGAUGAUUUUAUGAAUAUCUGUAGCAGUCUUUGACGCAAGUCAAAAGGUAACUCUCAGCCAGUCUAGGGAAAUUUUAAAUAAUGUAUAGAUUUUUAUGAAGGAAGGAGCAAAGGAUAAAUUAAAAAUUCCUUUUAAAAAGGCAACCGAAAGAACUGCAGCAACAAAGCAAACUAUAAGAGGACAAAUCAGCUGAAAUUUUAGAGACUUAAGAUUUUCCGACACUUAAAAAAAUAGUUCACACUUUUUACGAAAAGUCAAGAAGUCGACAGUUUUGACGGACGUGCAGUGAGUCGCUUUAUCAAUACUUUUGUAUCUUAGACACGAAUAAAGGUGGACACUAGAAACCAUUUA